AUGCUGAAGUCGAUUUGCAAAAAACAACCAAAAACCUUCGUCGAUCUCGUGAUCCGAGCUCAGAAGUUCAUUAGCGCUGAAGAAUACAUGCGCAAUCGAAGAGGACAAUCUCAAACGGAUCAAUCAAAAAAUGAUCGAAAGUGGAAGGUAGAAGAAGGAUCUAAAGGAGGAGAAGCAAAAAAGCAAAAGUCAGAGGCACAACAGGACGUGAACAAGUCCAAGACUGCCUUGACGCAAAAGUUCCAAGCUUACGCUCCACCAGAUACGACAAGGGCCUACACACCAUUGAAUACGACAGUGGCACAUAUUUUAAUGCAGAUUCAACAUCAGAAUAUGCUGACUCCUCCAGCCCCUAUGAAGGGAGAUCCUAACAAGAGGGAUAAAAGUAAAUAUUGUUACUUUCACAAGGACCAUGGCCAUGACACCUCAAGUUGCUUUCAAUUAAAAGGACAGAUUGAGGCACUCAUUCAACAAGGCCAGUUACAGGAGUUUGUGGACAGAGUAAUAGCAAAAAGAAAAACUGCACUCCCAACAACGAUAGGAAAGCAAGCAGCGGUCGUACAUGGAACGAAUACAACAGUUGGGAAUAGUUCUGCAUUGAAUGAGAACAUAUCGAUGGAGAACAUCGCCAUAACCUUCACAGAGGAAGAGGCAAGGAAGUUGCUUCAUCCACAUAACGAUGCUAUAGUUGUGUCUUUGCAAGUGGCAAAUAGCUUAGUCCACCAGAUUUUGAUCGACAAUGGGAGUUCAGCGGAUAUACUAUUCAAGGAUGCUUUAAACAAGAUCAACCUAGGUGGAGCAAAGUUAACAUCCGUGAACACCCCACUCCAAGGCUUUACUGGAGCAUGCAUUCACGCUGAAAGAAUGAUAACACCCCCAGUUACUAUGGGAGAAGGGGAGACAAAGGUGACAAGAAUGGUAAAUUUUUUGGUUGUGGACCAACCAUCUGCGUACAAUGCCAUUAUAGGGUGA